AUGUCACAAGUAGCAUUAAGAUCACGUAUUACCAUUGAUGAUCUUAGUAAAAUUGGUAAAUAUACAUGUAUGGCACAAGAUGCAGCUGGAAAUAGUGGUUCAGCUAUUCUGAGUAUGCAAGAAGGCUAUAGUCAAGCACCUCCAGUAAGACCAGGUGGUUAUCCACAUGCGCCCAGUGGUGGUGGUCAUCAAUAUUUACGUAUUAUUGCACCUGAUAUGACUGAUGGAGAUUAUGUAGAAAUUCAAUGUGAAGGUGCUUCACCAGAUGAUGAAGGACGUAUUCAAUGGUUUUUUAAUAAUCGACUUCUUAAUGAUGAACAACCACUUUAUCCACGUGGUAAAACUCUUCAUAUUCGUCCUAUUUCACGACCUUAUUUGGGAAAUUAUCGUUGUUCAAUUCCGGGUAGUAGUUAUGCUGAUGGAAAUAGUGUUCUUACUUUCGGUGGUCCAAGUCAACCAUCAGAGGGUCCAAGUGGUGGUGGAUUUACUGUUACAAUUGAAAUUGUACAAGGUCAAACAGCUCAAGGACAAGCACAAGAAGGUUCACAAGUUAUUCUUCAAGCUAUACCUAAUGACCAAGUUACUAGUUAUCGAUGGACAUUUACAUCAAAUCAAGGAACAGUUGAUCGAGGUUAUUCAGCUCAAUUAGUUAUUCCUCGAGCUACAGAUCAGGAUUCAGGUGUAUAUACAUGUGAAGCAAUUAGUGCUCGUGGUCAAUCAGCACGUGGUUCAAUCAAUCUUUAUGUUACCUCUGGUUAUGUACAACCAGCACCAUCGCAAUGUCGACCUGAUGAAGCAACUUGUCGUAAUGGUCGAUGUAUUCCUCGUGCAUAUCUUUACGAUGGUAAAAAUGAUUGUGGCGAUAAUAGUGAUGAAGCUGGAUCUGGUUCAGGUGAUCAAUGUCAACCAAGUGAACUUCGUUGUACAAAUUCUGGUCAUGGACGAAAAUGUGUACAGAAAUUUUGGAUGUGUGAUGGUGAUCGUGAUUGUGAUGAUGGAAGUGAUGAAGAUCAACGUUAUUGUGAAUUACUUCCUCGUCAACGUUAUUGUAAACCAAGUGAAUUUCAUUGUGGUGGUCCAAAUGCUACAUCACCAAAUCCUGUAUGUAUUCCAAGAUCAUUUCAAUGUGAUGGUUAUAAUGAUUGUCCUGAUCGUUCAGAUGAAAUCGGUUGCGUUAAACC